AUGUCGGCGGCCGUCGAAGUACGAAAUGGCUACAAAUAUUAUGGCAGCAAAUCAAAGCCGAAAAUUAUACUCAACUAUUUGAAUAUGAAUGUCCAGCGUGGUUCCAUCUAUGGCCUAUUGGGUGCCUCUGGAUGCGGUAAGACCACCCUCCUCUCAUGUAUUGUGGGCCAACGUCAAUUCAAUAGCGGUGAUGUAAGGGUAUUGGGUCUUAAACCUGGUGCACCGGGUAGUGGUAUACCCGGGUCAAGGAUUGGUUAUAUGCCUCAGGAAAUUGCCUUGGUCGAAGAAAUGACCGUCAAAGAGACCGUCUAUUAUUUCGGUCGAAUUUAUGGCAUGAAAGACGAUAAGAUUCGUGAGAAAUUUAAAAUUUUACGUGAUCUGUUGCAACUGCCCCCGGCCACACAAUUGGUAAAGAAAUGCAGUGGUGGCCAACAGCGGCGUGUUUCAUUCGCAUGUGCCAUGAUCCACGAUCCGGAAUUGUUGAUAUUGGAUGAACCGACCGUUGGAUUGGAUCCAAUGCUGAGAGAAAAAAUCUGGGAAUUCCUGGUGGAGACGACCAGAAAUAGUAAAAUGGCUGUGAUUAUAACGACACAUUAUAUCGAGGAGGCUAAACAAGCCAAUUGUAUCGGUCUCAUGCGCAAAGGUGUGCUAUUGGCCGAAGAUACACCGGAAAAUAUAAUGCUACGCUUCGAGGUGAAUUCCAUUGAGGAUGCCUUUCUGAUAUUGAGUCAAAAGCAGGGUGAUAAUGAUGUCAUUGAGGCAUCAUUGGCCCAGUUACCUUCCCAACAGCAGCAUCAUCAUAACAGCAACGCAAUUUGUAAUGGUGUUGAGGUUAUCGAUGCCUCGUCGAUUAUGCAGCCCACAGAGAAGUCGAUGAGUGAGAAGCCUCCACAACAAAUCGAAGAGGAAGAUAAUGAUAAUACGAAAAAGUGUUUCUUCACCACGAAGGGUCGCAUCAAGGCGCUGAUGACGAAAAAUUUUGUACAACUUUUUAGACAGCCCUCAGGAAUUAUUUUCAUGUUACUCUUUCCCAUCAUUCAACUGUCCUGUUUCUAUAUGGCCGUCGGCAAGACACCCACAAAUCUCAAGAUUGGUAUUGUCAAUGAUGAGGUGCGCCAAUGGGAAUCGUGCUAUAACCCUGAUUUGAUAACGGUGACCCCAGCGAAUGAUACCUGCUAUUUUAGUAAUUUAUCAUGUCGCUAUAUAACGGGGCUGGAGGGGUCAGAUCACCUGCAUAGGGUAUUUUAUUCCAACCUGGAGGAGGCCCAUCGUGAUGCCAAAAAGGCCAAAAUUCUGGGUUAUGUCUAUUUUGCCCGUAACUUUUCCACUUCUAUGCAGACAUUCUUAGAAGAUGGACGCUAUGCCGAAGAUGAUGCCAUUGAUAAUUCUCAGGUUACGGUGCAUUUAGAUAAUACGGAUCGCCAAAUCUCCUACUAUUUGGAAAGGAAAUUGCGUGAAGUAUAUGGCAGCUUCAUUAAGGAGGUCGUCAGCGAUUGUAAUUAUUCUCCCAGCCUGGCUUCGAUCCCGGUGAAUAUGCAAGAACCCAUUUAUGGUACUGAGGAUAUGGAAUUCCAGCGCUAUGUGGCACCUGGGGUUGUAAUGACCAUGGUCUUCUUCUUGGCCACCUUGAUGACCGCUUCCGUUUUCAUUGAGGAGCGUUUGGAUGGUGUUUGGGAUCGCACCCUGGUGGCCGGUGUUUCGGCCAUACAAAUGUUGUGGGCCCAUUUGUUGACCCAAUUCAUUAUCAUGGUGGCGCAGAGCAUUGAAGUAAUCGUCUAUAUUGGUUUAGUGUUUGACACCUAUAAUAAGGGCGAUACGACAACGCUGAUAUUUUUAUUGACAUUGACCUCGUUUUGUGGCAUGUUGUUUGGUUUGCUGAUAUCGGUCUAUUGUAAAUCGCAUACAGAGGCAAAUUUCGUGGCCACUGGAGCUUUCUACCCCAUGAUUAUUUUGUGUGGUCUCUUGUGGCCCCUGGAAGGCAUGCCCAAGGCCUUGCAGGACGUGGUAUUAUAUUUCCCCUUUACAUUGCCCUCAAUAUCGGCCCGUAAUAUCCUCGAGAAAGGUUGGGAUAUUACCAAUGGCAAGGUAUAUGGUGGCUUUUUGGUCAUGGCUGCCUGGAUUGUAAUUUUCUUUACGCUGUGUAUGGUGGGUCUGAAACGUAAGGCGUAA